AAAUCUUCUGCAGCUUUUCAAAAAAAAAAAAAAGAAAUCUUCUGCAGAAUUCCUAAAAUCUCUCUUGCUCUCUCUAUGUUCAGACGAAUAGAACUCACCACUAAACCUAUCAUCAACCUCCUCUAUCACCACCACCACAGCCACAUUCGUCCCUUAAGCACCGACCCUACUCACCCACCACAACUCUCCAACCCCACCACCACCAUUUCCCCAGUCAACCCAGACCACCUCCUCCGUGUCUGCACCAUUCUCUACCAGCAACAGCACUCCCCCGAGCCACGCCUCCACUCCAAGCUCCGCGCUUGCCACGACGACCACCUCACCCACGAGUUCUUCCUCCAAGUCUGCAACAAGUUCCCGCUCUCAUGGCGCCCCGUUUACCUCUUCUUUCAGUACACCGAGGCCAACCCACGUCGUUUCGCCCACACCUCCGUCUCCUUCAACAAGCUUCUCGACGUCGUUGGCGACUCCAGGAACAUCGACCUCUUCUGGGAGCUUCUCCAGGAGAUGGGUCGGCGUCGUCUCGUGAACGACAAGACUUUUAGGAUCGCGCUCAGGACGUUGGCGGCGGCGAGGGAGUUGAAGAAGUGCGUGGAGUUUUUCCACUUGAUGAAUGCCUGUGGGUGUGUGUAUAGUUUGGAGACUUUGAAUAAGGUGGUCGAGGCUUUGUGUGGGGAUGGGCUUGUUGAGGAGGCCAAGUUUGUUGUCUCCAAGUUGAAAGAAUGUAUAAGACCAAGUGGGAUUACUUAUAAGUGUUUGAUAAAAGGUUUCUGCGAUGUGGGUGAUUUAGUUGAGGCUUCGAAGGUUUGGAACUUGAUGGUGGAUGAAGGGUUCCAGCCGGAUAUCGAUGCGGUUGAGAAAAUGAUGGAAACUUUUUUCAAGAUUAAUCGGUACGACGAGGCACUGAAGCUUUUUCAGACGAUGAGGACGAAGAGGAUGAAUGAUUUGGGUCUUUCAACUUACAGGCUUGUGAUCGAGUGGAUGUGUAAAAGGGGCAAGAUUUCCCAAGCAUAUGUGGUGUUUGAAGAAAUGCACGAGAGAGGGAUUCAAGCCGAUAAUCUAACGUUGGCAUCGCUUAUUUACGGGCUUUUAGCUAGAGGGAGAGUUAGAGAGGCUUAUAGGAUUGGGGAAGGGAUUGAGAAACCGGAAAUUAGUGUUUACCAUGGGUUGAUCAAGGGGCUUCUGAAGUUGAGAAGGGCAAGGGAAGCAACCCAAGUGUUUCGGGAGAUGAUAAAGAGAGGGUGUGAGCCCACAAUGCAUACCUACAUAAUGUUAUUGCAAGGGCAUUUAGGGAGGAGAGGGAGGAAGGGAACAGACCCACUUGUGAAUUUUGAAACCAUUUUUGUUGGAGGUUUGGUUAAGGCAGGGAAAUCCUUGGAAGCCACCAAGUAUAUGGAGAGGUCUCUGAGGAGAGGGCUUGAGGUGCCCAGAUUUGACUACAAUAAGUUUUUGCAUUAUUAUUCCAAUGAGGAGGGUGUUGUUAUGUUUGAGGAGGUGUCAAAGAAAUUGAGAGAGGUAGGGUUGUUUGAUUUGGCAGAUAUAUUUCAGAGGUACGGGGAGAAAAUGGCCACGAGAGACAGAAGAAGAAGAAACAGAGCAGUUGAACCUUGAGAAGAGAUUAUAAUUUGCUUCAUGAGUUUGUAUCUUUCAAGUAUACUUGAAAGGCGGAUGAUAUAUUGAUUAGAGUAAUGUUAUUUACUAUUUAGUAGUUUAUUAUAGGAGAACUCCACUUAUAAUUCCUGAACUUUCAUUCAUUUUGAAA